AUGGAAGAAGAACAGAACAAGAAGAAAGAAGAAGCAACUGCAUCGGCAGCUGAGGAGGCAAUGGCCAUGAUUUUGCGCCUUCAAAGUGAGAAAAGCUCAACAGAUAUGCAAGCCAAUCAAUACCGCAGGAUGGCCGAGCAGAAGCAGCAAUAUGACCAAGAAGUGAUAGGAUCUCUGCAAUGGAUUGUCAUGAAACACGAGUCCAAUAGGAGUUUGUUGGAAGAUCAAUUGAGGCUUUGUAGGCAAAAGUUGAAGCUAUAUAUGAAGGGAGAUGAAGUGGAUGAACGUGAAGGGAUUGAUGCAAGUAUGAAUCUUCUAAAUUCCUCUACAAAAGAUUGUCUUGAUGAUGUGUUUAUUAGCUCUCUUGAUAUGGAUUCCUUGAUGUUGUAA